AUGAAAAGAAUUGGCAAUUGUAAUAAUAUAUAUUGAUUGAAGGGAUCUCAAAAAUGGAUAUAUUCGGAUAAUCUAUAACAUUAAGAAUGAAUAGAUAAAGCUCAUACAAAACUGUUUUCGGAGGAUGUUCCUCUUUAAUUCUGUUAAUGAUUUUAAUUUUGAUAUUCUCAUCAAAUAUAACAUCCUUUUUCAACAAAGAAAGUUUAAGUGCAACAGUUUUAACUGAAUUUGAAGAAAUUCCAUCAUUAUCAAUAAUAGAUGACUCAUUUUUUUUAUUUGCUGUUUAAAUAGAUUAAGAUAACUUUUUAUCUAAACCUUUUUAUGACAUUAAAAUAGAUUAGUAUCAUAUUCAAAAAUUUUUGAAUGGAUCAGUAAUUUAGAAAGAAUCAGAAAUCAAAUUAAUACCUUGUACUAUAGAUCGUUUUAAUAAAAUAUUCUCUAAAUUUGGACGAGAUAUGACAGACUAAUUCAAUCAAUUUAAAUUAUAUGAUUUUUUAUGCUUUGAGUAAGUGUUUUUUUAACUAUAUUUAUAGUUAUAACCAGUCAUUUUCAAUUUAAGGAACGUAUUCAAGUAUAUAAAAUAUAUAUUAAUUGUUUAGAUUUAGAAUUUGAAUUUUUGAAAAUACAAGUGCAAACUUGUUCCAAUAAAACAAAUUGUGCUUCAAAUGAAGAAUUAUAAUAAGAAAUCAAUAAAAAUGGAGCAUUUAAAAUUAAAUUAUUUCCAAUAAAUAAAGUAAAUUAUAUUAUGAUUUAGAUUCUGAAUCCCUAUAAACCAGAAGAUAAUUAUUUGUAAACAUUUUUAGAUGAUUCAUUCUUUUUCAGAUUUCUUCCAUCAAAUAUUUAUAAAUCUGUAGAUUUAUUUAUCAAAGAAUAUGAAGUCACUAAUGAUCAAAGUCUAUUUCCGUUUAGUUAUUUAGAAUAUUCUUAAUUUUAUACAUUAGAUCAAUCAGAAAUUAAAGAAAGAACAGAAAUAUAAAAUACUUAAGUUUAAUCAUUUGUAUAAAUCUAAAUAAGGAAGAGUCCUUAUAAAAUAAAAAUAUUUAGAAAAUAUUUGAAAAUAGAUGAAUUAUUAUCUAAUUUAGGAGGUAUUUAAUAAAUCUUUAUUUUUUUUAUUGGAACAAUCUUAACAAUUUAUAAUAGAUUUUAACGUAUAUAAAUAAUUUAAUAUUUUUAUAGUUCUUGUUGAAUUAGCUAAUAAAUUGUAUGAAUUUACUUUAGUAUCUUUUUAAAAAGAAAAAUAUUAUUAAGAUAAUUUAGAUUUAGUGAAUUAAAUGAUUUAGUAUAAAUAAGAUAAAAUGCCAUAAUAAGAUAAACCACGGAAUUCUGAUGUAGAUUUAGAGAUUUAACCUUUACAUUAAAGUACUAUAAAUUAAAAAUCAAAAAAUGAAUUACUGAAAUUUAGUGAAUAAAUGAGUCCAUCAUCAUAAUAACGGAAUACAUCAAAAAAAUUAACAGAAAAUAAUAUUAAAAAAAAUAAAUUUAUUUAUGAAUAAGAAGCUAUGGCAUUUAAGUUAAAUUGUUCAAAUGGUUUAGAAUAUUUCUAAUUACAAAUUUAAAAUUUAAUUUAAAGAUCAUAACCAAUUUUAAUGACUUUUUAAAUGUUAAUAAAUUUUUUGACUUGCUAAAAAGUAUUUAGACAUAAAAAACAUAUUUAAUUGAUGAAUAAAGCUAUGUAAAUUAUUUAUUCAUUCAAUUAAUUAGAGAUCAAAUUACUGAAUAAAUUGAUUUAUUCAAUAUAUUAACAAAAUUAAAUGAUUUAGAAAAACUUAAAGAAGUAAUUUUCACAUAGUAAUAAUUAUUGAUGUUUAAUUUUGCUCCAAAACCUUUGAUAUCCUUAGAUAAUACAAAAGAAGUAUUUAAUAGGACAAUAGUAGAAGAAAGAACUAGAAGCAAUAACACUAAAUAGUAAAGCUUAUUAUUAAUUUUAGGGAUGAAGCAUCUUAAGAAUUAGAAUCAUUAAAUAAAAUACAUUACAAUCUAUAAGCAGAUGCUAAAAUGUAUUCGAAAAUAUAUUCGGUAUUCAUUAUUAAUUAUUAAAAGGCUUAUGAUGAUGUGUUAUAAGAAGCGGAAAAUGAUCAAGACACAUCUAAUGGUAGUAAUUUAAGUAAAUAAAUAAUUCGAAAGUUGGGUGCUGAAGUAUAAACUAUCUUUAAAUUAUCGAAACUAAUAGAUUUUCAUUAAAAUUAAAACAAUUCUAGAAGGAGAGGGAUGACAGCAGAUACUAUAAGAAGAGCAUUAUAUUCUAAAACAAAUUUAUAAUAGUGA